GUUUGUCACAAGUUUGGCGCAACUUGUGGAGUUAGGACCAGUAUGACAGUUCGGUGAUUUGAAUCCUAGGAUUGGGAUAAUGUUCUUUGCAGUUUCAGCUGCACCUUCCAGUGUUGUGAUCAUCCUGAGGGUCUAUCUAGAUAGUAACCAUCAACGGAGCGUCGACAUUCCAAUCACCCCAGAGACAACAUGUGGCGAUGUGGUUGUGUCCUGCAAAGAUCCAGGAGAGCAAUACUGUCACUUGACAGAACUAUGGAGGGGAUGUGAGCGGCCCAUCUACAUUGAAGAGCAUCCCUAUGAGAUCUUACAACAAUGGGGAAUACACAGGGAUGAGGUCAAGUUCUACCUUCGGCAUGAGCCGUUCUUUCAACCAGAUCGGCGAGACAAGAAGAAAAAUGGGAUGAAUGAUUAUCAUUUUGGACAAGACAUUCCAAUGAUGCCCGGUGGAGUAGACCUCACACUGACGGAACUGCAGGAGAUGGCCACCAGGCAACAGCAGCAGAUCGAGAACCAACAACAGAUGCUGGUGGCCAAGGAACAGCGCCUCAAGUACCUCAAACAGCAAGAGAUGAGGCACCAACAGAUCGCCAGUGAGAAUGAACGGUUACGCAAGUUACGUGAAAAGGUGGAGUCACAGGAGUUGAAGCUGAAGAAACUGAGGGCUUUGAGGGGUCAGGUGGACCAGCAGAGGAUGUCCAAUGGGAACCUCAAUUCUGAACUGGAGUCUAUCAAGGUGUUAUUCAACGAGAAAGAGAAAGAGUUAUCGAUUGCUGUGGCAAAGGUGGAGGAGCUGACCAAACAACUUGACGAGGUGAAAAGAGGAAACAACCAUGCUGGUGACGGGAAGCAUAAGUCAUCCGGUGAUGCUGAACUGGAGAAACUGAAGAAAGAACUUAUGAUUCGCAACAAAUUGAAUGAGCAGCAAAGUACCAAGCUGAACGCCCACCGUGAGGUGCUGUCAAAACGUCAUGAAGAGAUCACCAUGAUGGACACGCGCAUCGAAGAGCUGCAAGAGCGACUCCAUAAGAAACGGCAACAGCAGCAACAACAACAGCAACACAAAGGAUUUCCCCCGAGUGGUCGACCACAGAGUGCAAAUAUUGCUGCAGUGGAACCGUAUGUUCGGACAGAGCAGAAAGAUUCAUCAAAGGAUGACUUGUAUGAAGAGGAUUUGAAAUCCGGUCUUGGUCCCAGCAAACAGCAACCUCGAUAUCAGACUCUGCCUUAUAACACCAAGUUCCCAGUUCAUCUCGAGGGACAGAAACAACCCCAACAGGAUAUCAAUAGCAAUAUUUACAACUACGAGAAGAAGUUGGAGGCGAAUAACAAUAUGUUAAAACAGGAGAACAAUAAACCGGAACAGAAAAGUGUAGAGAAUAAAAGUGGUGUGUAUCUUGCUAAGGAGCCUGUGAAGUCCCAGCCAUCACAGUUCCUCACUUCAAAGGUGUACAAUGUUACUCAGGAUCAUCUGAACAGUGGAAUAGAAAAGCGGGUGCCGACAUCUACAUUUAAAGGCGGUUCUAGUGGUAUCACACAUUUUACACCGAGGCCAUUUUCUUCUACGUACAGUAGCGUGUCCUUCAACCCAACUCAAGGUCCUGCAGAUAAGAGGAAUGUGCAGGUGUCCCAGCCACAGUCUAGCUUCACUGCCCAAGGCCAAGCCGGUGCUCUGUCGAAACCACUCUAUUCGGAAGCUGGUAAGGGUGCUCCAACAAACGCACCAAUCACUCCACCGCGCUUGAGCACCAAGUACACAAUGUCACAGGAUUCAUCCACCAGCCCAGGAGGUUCCAGCAGCAGCACUGCCCCACACAGCAGUCCAGAUGUUUCUCCCGGUUACUACCAGACUGCAAUAAGUCGGUCUGUUCAGCCUCCGCAGCCUUCCUGGGCAGACAGUCCUUCAAGCUCUCAGUCUUCUCCAAGCCAAAAUCCACAAUCACCCCCAGUUACUAACACAAGGAAUGUGCCAACAACUGGUGGAUAUGGACCAACGGUUGCUGUCAGUCGUAACACUGGCUCAAAUUCUGGUUUAGUUGUUCGAGUUACAAACAAUGAAGGAUUUGCUCCAAGUCCAAAUAGUAGUGGUGAUUCGAAUUCAGGUUCAUUGGUGUAUAACCCUACGUCCUCUGGUGCAGAGAACACAAGCAAUGGAAAAAUGGUGCCGAACAUUCAAAAUAAAAAUGAUUCUGAACGGGCAGAAUAUCCGAGUGGGAGACUUGAUCAAAACACUAGUUAUGAAGGACCAAAUAUAUCCGUUAGUAGUGCGAACUCAAGCUCGGGAAGUAUGCCGAGUCCAAGCUCGUCUGAUUCCUCUGCUGCUACUAAACCAAGGUUUGCCCCACGAGGUGUUAUUGCUAAUACGUACAUGCGGAAACUUGGUUCAACUGCUUUGUCCCAGUACAAUAAACUGAGUCAAAUGUACCAGGGAUUCCCAAAUCAGCCGCAACAAGGUGAGGCUAACCAGGGUGCUAAACAAGACAGUAAUCAAACAGUUCAGCCAAUGGGAAAGACGGAAAAUGUUUACCCGAAUGAUGUGUCGCCACAGGAAUCUAGUCAAAAAACGGGUGAACAAUCCCCACCGGAUUCUGACAAUGGCAGCUUCCAAGUGCCUGGGUUUCAUCAAUACGGUACUAUCAAUGCAGAUAAGUUCAGUUCCAAGGGCAUUACCCCAAGAACAUUGAGGAGGAGGCAUUCUUCGGGAGAGGGAGAUGACCUCUUUACGAAACUGCAAUUUCAAAGUGCCAAACCGUCCGUGUCUUCUGUAGGUGAAAAUGAGGAGGAUGCAUCAAAAGGGGACGCUGGAUAUUUUUACGAGGGACGUCAAAAUGAGAUGCAGAGAACACAUUCUAAUUCAACUGGAUCUACAGGUUCAGAGGAAGAAAAACGGAAACCAAAGUCGGCACCGUUGAUUCUCCGAAAGAAGGGGUCUAAGUCCAAGGCUAUGCUGCAGAAGAGAAGGGUCAGUUUUGAUCCCUUGGCCCUUCUCUUGGAUGCAUCUCUUGAAGGAGAACUAGAGUUGGUCAUGAGAACAGCCAAAGAGGUCUCCAAUCCAAGUACUGCUAAUGAUGAAGGAAUCACAGCCCUCCACAAUGCCAUCUGUGCCGGACAUUUCGAGAUUGUUAAGUUUUUGGUUGAGUUUGGUUGUGAUGUGAACUCACAGGACAGUGAUGGAUGGACUCCACUCCACUGUGCGGCAUCCUGUAACAACCUGGCCAUGGUUCAGUUCCUCGUCGAACACGGAGCGUGCAUCUUCGCCACGACAAUCAGCGACCAUGAAACAGCUGCAGAAAAGUGUGAAGAAGAUGAGGAUGGUUAUGAUGGGUGCUCAGAAUACCUUUACAGUAUCCAAGAAAAACUUGGAAUUCUAAAUGCUGGCGAGGUGUAUUCAUUGUAUAAUUAUAAGGCGCAGAAUCCGGAUGAAAUGACAUUCAAAACUAAUGACAAACUUGUCGUCUUGCGUAAGGUUGACCAGGAUGAGCGGGAGUGGUGGUGGGCAAGAAAGGGUGCCCGCGAAGGAUACAUUCCAAGGAAUCUUCUUGGGCUUUUCCCAAGAGUUAAACCGCCAAAAGAGAAUGAUAAUGAAAGUUAGGCCAGUAAGAUAAAACGAAUGCUACCUCGAAGUGUGAAGUCCAAGGGUGCCCCUGCUGGAGGUCCCGCAGAUUUGAGUUCUGGAAGUCAGACAGCCCCCUUUAGGAGGACUUAAUUGGACAUAUUUAUUUCGAGUUCAUAUUGUGGGAGGACUUGGAACUUCAUCUCUUUUUUGUGUGGACAAUUGAUGUACUGGUUACAUCAUAACAAUGAGUCUGUAUGUGUCUGUUGGUAGAUUCCAUGUUUGUGGAGACCAGAGACUUUACAUAUGUAGACUGUGUUCGUUCCGCUUGUCAAGAUGAUAGAAUUGCUUAGUAAAACGUCCUUCUCUGUUCUGUACUCAUGUUGUUAUCGCUUUCAGCAUUAGUUGCUGAGCUAUUUUACUUCAUAAUCAAUUAAAUGGUCCCUCCAGUUUGAUUGUUGUUUUAUGCUGCUUGGAAAACAAGUCUGUUUCAGUAUCGUCCUUGAGCUGCAUUACUUUCCUGUUGUAUUUAAUAUCUUUAAUUAGAUUUUUGGCCUUUUCUGUGAAAUAAUUUCGUUUCCAUCCAUAUAAUAAUCAAAAUGACAAACGGAAGAAGAGACAGAGAGAAGUAAUGAGAACAUAUAUUUCGGAAAAUAUCCUUAAGAUUCUGUUCAAUUUCGUCCAUGAUGUUGUACUCUUGUAAAAUGUGGAGCAACAUUGUUUGCGAUGUGAUAGAAUUUUUUUUAACGUCCUACCUUUGAUUUGAUUAGCAGUGUCUUUACGUCCAGAUUAAUUUGUGAAAAGUAAGAACUUAGUUAUGAAAUUUGAAUAUGUUUGAUCAGUGUCUGUCCACCUUUUUGACAUCUUGAUGAAAAUUGAUGUCUCCAUUUUGUCAGCCUGUAGAGGGUUAAUGUCAGUGGUUGAAUUAUUGUUAAUGGUAUGUGGGUCACAGACAGGAAUGUCUCUUAGAAGGUGAUAGAUUUGACUUACUCCCCUCGUGGAAUAAAUUUCGUCCGUGGUUGUAAGUGUCCUACCACUAUGUAGAGCAGUAUGUAGACAUAUGCCCAUGUUGCCUCCAAUUUGGGCUCUCAGGACUUUCGAAAGCCAAGGUCAGCAAAUAUAAUAUGAUUAUAUGUAACUAUUAGAGGUCACACUUUGUGCAUUGAGUUUGGUUGUUGUUGAGGUUUGGAAAUAGAUAACUUGAAAUAGGGAGCUUCUAAACUAGAAGUAAUGAAUCUGUGAAGAGAGAGAGGGUGGGGAACAUUUGUGAAGAGAGAGAGGGUGGGGAACAUUUGUGUGAUUUGGAGGUUUACCCCUCAUCAUUUUGCCAAUCUGAAUGUAAUUUCUACUUUCGUGAUUUCUAGUGUUGAACUAGGAAUCAAACUUUUAAGUGGUGACCUCUAUUAUAAAACCUGCAAUGAUUUCAAGUUGCUUUCAUGUGGAUAAUAUGAAUAGAAAUAUGUGUUUGUUUGUGUCCUGUAAUUGACAAACCUUUGGGGCUAAAUAAAUCCAGCAUUUAUUAUGAAAUAACUCAUUUGAUUUGUGGUUGUGAAAUACAAAAAAAAAAUGCAUUGUCAUUUGAAAUGUUGUCCUGUCAACUUGUGACAAGAUGCUGACCUUGGACUACAGAAUUCUCUGUUUUAUAUUUCAAAGCUUUCAAGGCAAAGCGAGCUCAAUUUUCCCGGUCAGAGCUAGACUCCGAGCUCCCUGAACACGGGGAAUCUGCCUCUGUCCUAUUGCGCAUGCUGUAAAAGGCAGAUAAUUAUUUAUGCAUUUAUUAGACAUUUGUACCUGUUGAUUUCUUAAUGAUGACAGCACGUAUGAUCUGAGUUGUACAUGUAGAAGUCAUUGAAACUUGGUUGAAUGUACAAUCAGACUAGUGUAAUACAUUUUGUAAUAUUGUCUUUUAUUAUCAUAAUCUUAAGUUGUAAAUUAUCGUCAUUUGCAGUCAUUAUUUCAUGUGUUUUGCAAAAUUGUCUUGUAUAUAGAACAACUGUUGCCCCUGUGCUAUUUAUUACCCCUUGUUGGGUCAAAAUAAAAAAAUGGGUCCUGUUUUUUCACCAGGAUGUGAAAUAAAUCCAUGUAAAGCUCUGAGUUUUAAAUUUCAAAAAAUCUUUUGCUAAAUUUUGGAAAUAGAGCCUGAUUUAACAUGAUUAUCUUAUUCCACUAAUUGAUUCCAAAUUAUGUUCCUUCUUACAUAUGUUUGUUUUGACAAAUCACUCCUUAGAAAAGUGCAAUAACUUAAGAAUACACUUAUUAAUACAUUAUUUGUACACGGAAAGGGUCUAUGGGAUAAGAAAUCUGCUAACUUUGCCUCCAAGUUUUAUAAAGAAGAAAAAGAGGGAUAUUUUAUGAGGUGUGUACAUACAAAUUUCAAUUAACCCAGAAGAGGAAUAGUCAAUUUUAAAAAGGCAUUGAAUUAUAUUGGAACUCGAACCAUAUCGGGUUAGUAAAUUAAUAAUCACCGUGUAAACUGAUAUUGAAACCAUACAAUUCAUCCACUCAACUGAAAAAUCUAAUCAAAUAGAGAACACUGGUGGUGUUCAUCUACAAUGAUUACCUUCCUCCUGUGUCCAAUCAUUUGGUACACAAUAACCAGGUUCAGGGAACCCUUGUGUAUGAUGAAGUGCAAAGGUGUGUGGUGUCACCUAGUCCAGUGCAAAUUUAGGUACGCGACCCACCCAAUUCAACUUUCAUACUAUCAGUAGUGCAAGGAACUGGGAAAUCUUUAAAAAUCUUUGUCGAUUACUUUGUACUUGGUCAUUUGUAGCUCUUUGAAAGGGCUGCAAAACCUGGCUAAAUAAAGAAAACUGAAAGGAAGGUAUUAAACCAUCUCACUGUCAUCAAUGGGUUUGCAAGUCUCCAGUGUAGCAUGAAUCUUUUAUUGUUUUUAUGGCAUUGAAAGCUUGUAAACCAGUGAAGGGAAAUAGGGUAUAUUUUCCUGCCGUCCUGUUUUAUCCACUCCAUCCAUUGUCAUUCAUUGUUAUAUAUCCAUGUCAUGUUUCGAGGAACUUGUCCAAGAUGCAUUCUCUAAAUAAACUCAAGUAAAUAUUUA